GUGGUGGAGUGCAAGAAUCAUAUACAAAACGUGGAGUGUGUAUUUAUUAAUCAAUAUCAAUGAUUAAAGAAAAAUGUUUUAUCUAUGCCAUUAAUCUAGUUUGUUUGACAACAUUUGACAACAUCAAAAUAAAAAUGUAAAAUCAAAGAUGUAUGCAACAUAAAUAUUUAUUUUUAUAUUUAUACGUUUUUACUUAAAAGCGUAAAACAAUGAACACUUUUAAAAACAAAAUUAAUUAUGAAAGUCCAUGUGACUCGGAUAAUGAUUGGACUUCUUCAGAAGAUUCAAAAUAUUCUGACUCGGAAAGUUCGGUUCCAGAAUGGGAUUCCGAUAUCGGUGAGGAUGGAGAACUUGUAUAUAUGAAAAUUAAAAGUAUUACUAAACUGGUUGACGAUUCUAAAACACCGCUAUUAGAAAAUUGCGAGGCUUUUAAAUUGAGAAGCGAUUUUAUGAGAUCGUCUACUAGACGUUCCACUAAAGGAAGAAUUUUUAAAGUGUUAAAAAAACGAAAAGUGAUUAAUAAAGAAAAUGGAAAGGAGAAAAAAAAAGAAUUUGAAGACAAUAACAAAUUUGUCAUUAUACAGGUCAGCAAAAGUAUGAUAUUCAGUAGUGAAAAAAAUUGUCAGAUUGAAAAGCUUUUCGGCAUCAGUUUAGAAACACACAAAGAUGGUAAAACAUUGGUUGUAUCUGAUUUUUUGCCUGAAUCAAAGGCCAUAUACACUCCAAAAGUUAAAACAGGAUUUUACUUGCAAAAAAUAAAUGGAAUAGAGGUCACAUCUUACAAUAUUAACAAUGUCCUUCAAAGAGUUGUUGAGGAUGUUGAUAAUCCUAAACUGACUUUUCAAGUCGUGACGGAAGGUUACAAUUUAGAUAUAGAAAAGUUAUUGACUUCGAAGUGUGCUCCUGAAAAUUCUCUCACUCAAAUGUUUAAGGAUGCAAUGUGCUCUGUACUUUAUAUAUGCUGCAAUGAUGUUGAAUAUCAGAGUAAUGAUGACAAAGGUGUACUUUAUUGUUUUCCGAGACCUUUUAAUCAGAACUUUUUAUAUAACACUAGAGGUGCUUAUUUAACACUUAAUCAUUUGGCACCUAAAUCAUUAGGUACUAGUGAGCCCACUAUAUCAUCUGUAUUACACAAGAAUCAACUCAUAAAUAUUACAUAUGCAUCUCAUUACAGUGAUUUGCUAUUAGUUGCAAUACCAUGCAGUGAUAUUGAUGUUUUUGCUGCCAAAAGAAUCAUUGUUAAAAUCGUUCGGUUACUAGAAUUUUUGUAUGGCUCAUUGAAAACUUGCUUUACGAAACCUAAUAAUGUUGAUAAGUUGGAUAGUCUAUUUUCACGAAUUUUCGUAACAUUAUUAAAUGAAAGUAUUAAUAAAAAUAAUGAUAGUCAAAGUAGAGUGUAUGGGAGUUCACAUUUUGAAGAUUUAUUGGCUGCUCAUGCAAUGUCAUUACCAUUGGAGGUCAAACUUCAAGUGGACGAUGCCAUUACAGAGUUGGAAGCAGCUGAUUAUCGAGAAUGGAUUGAUGAUGUUGAAAAUUUUCAAAGAUUAUACACAGUAUUAGGAGCCUGUUUAUAUUAUUCAGGACAUUUAUUAAGUUCACAUCUGCAAGAUGAGGAUUUAAAAGAAGUAAAUGCAUAUUUAAAAUUAAACGGUAUUCUGAAACUUAGUUCGGAGAAAGAAAUAGAAAAAUUAGUCAUAUGGAGAGAAGUUUUUAUAAAUGAACAUAGAAAUCAGAGUAAAAAUGAUGGAAAUGAAAAUAGGAUUCCAGAUGGACGAUGGUUUAUACUUGUUGUUGGAAAAGGUCACUUUAUACUGGCGACUUUAAUGGAAGCCGGAGGAUGUACAGAAGAUGCAGUAGGAGUAACACCGCCAUCGCCUUUCUAUGUGGAAGAGUGUGAAAGUUGUUUAGAACUAUUGUUCGAUGUUGGAUUAAACAAAUAUUUGCCUUCAUGGCUCUUAUCGAACACACAGCCGCAGAUAGAGUUGAAGCCGGAGUAUUUAACUAAGCAUGGAAGGAAAAUUAAGGAAGCUUCUUCAAAAUUGGAUUUAAGGAGUUCAUCAAAAUUAGCAAAAUCACAACCAGAUAUAAAGAAACGUCAUAAUUCUACGGAACAAAUCAAUAUGGGGUCGACGAGUGACAAUUCAGUUUCCAACUAUCAUAGUACAAGUCAACAUAAUUUGUAUGCACAGUGGUAUAAUGGACCGAUAAAACAAUACCGACAUUCCAGUAUAGAUGUCAGCUAUUCGGAGGAUUCUGGAAGUUUGAAAAGCAAUAGUGAAGUAAGUGAAGAUCGAAUAGUUGGCAGGAGAGCUGAUAGAGAGAAAAAUAGACGUGAUUCUUCAGGAUCUGAUUCAGAUUGGGAUAAACAGGAUGGCAGCAGAUCAAGUAACGUAGAUAUGUCAGAAAUGAGGAAAACUUUAUUGGAUGAACUGAACAAUGUCACCGCCCAUAGAAUUACUGCUGGAGACGAAAACGUUCUGUUUCAUUUUGUACAUUUGGAGUCUGAGAAAGGGAUACUGUUAGCACCAGUAAAGAACAUAGAAUUACAAGCUAACAAUGUUUUAUAUUCCUACAUAAUGAAAACAUUUAGAAGUGCCGCAAAAAAGAUUCAUGAAUUAUUACAGCAUAGUAUAAAGUUUAAGAGAAGUGAUACACCAUCUAAUCCGCUCAAUAAAAUUCUUGUGGCAGUCAAAGAAUAUGGAAUGCUUUUCAAAGCACCAGCAGAUAUAUUAAACCAAUGUGGUAUUAGUAAGAAGUGUGAACCAUUUUACUUCUGGGUGGUAGGACGGGUGUUCAGUGAGCCAGAACCACGAGAGCUUUAUUUAUGUUAUCACGAAUCCAUACCUCAAGAUCUUAUUGAAGUCUCAUAUUUACUAUCGUAUUUAGAGUAGGUUCAUUAUACAUAUAGGUACUUAGGUACAUAUAAAAUAUGAUUAUUAUUAUACAGUAUUAUAUAUUCUAAAAUGAAAUGAAGCGAUAGGUAAAUAAAUACAUAUGCAUAUGUAUAAAUUAGACGUAUGACACGGUUUAACCUGUGACUAAUAUUGUUAACUAUAUUAUUAAUAAUAAUUAAGAAUACUAUGAUUUAUAUGUAUAACUGAUAUUUACCUGCACGUAAGUGAACUUCACUUUUUACAUAUAAAUCAGUGUUAAUUAUUAUGAAAUUUUCAAAAUAUGUAAAAUCCAAUAAAUAUUAAAU